AUGGCGUACAACCGACGAAGUGGCGGUGGAUAUGGUGGUUAUGGUAGCGGAGGCGGUGGUUAUGGUGGUGGCGGCGGUGGUGGAGCUGGUGGCGGCCGAUACAACAACGGCGGUGGUUACCGAGCCGGAGGUGGCUCAGUUAAUCCUUGGCAAGCUAGCCCUGGCGCCAGUGGUCCAUUACCGCGACAGUCACAACAAGGGCAUCAUCCACCUGCUCAAUUGGCAAUAGCCAGUAACAUAAUCAGCAAGUUACUAACAUCAUCUAAUUCAAUGUCAGGAGGCGGCUAUGGUGGUGGUCCAAAUCGAAGUGGAAAUUGGGGCAGUGGUGGUCCUAGAAUGUCACAUAUGGGUAUGCGCCCAAGACAAGAUGGUCACGGAGGAUUUAAUAAAGAUAACAGGCGUCGUGGUGGUGGCGAUCCACACAACAGAUUUUCUGGUGGAGGCCGUAAAUCAGGUGGUGGAAUGAAAGAUGGAGAUAAACGUAAAUCUGCAGGAAAAGUUAAUGAUGAAAACAAAAAAGGACAAAAUGAUCGUGAGAGAACUAAGGAACAAUUGGAUGCCGACAAAAAAGUGUCUUAUGUUGGUGUCCCUUCAGCUGUACUUUAUUGCCAUGUUUGUUCCAAACAUAUGUGGGAUUCCGAGUCUUUUGAAAAACAUGUACGUGGAAGACCUCAUGAAUUGAUGAUGAAUUACUUAGAUGAAGCAUAUAGAAUGCGUGUUGAUUUUAUGAGACAUCAAAUAAAAGCUGUUGAAAACCAAAGAGAGAUUGAUUUGGAACGUGUUACAAACAACAAGCAUAAAUCUAAUAGUGGUAGUGGUAAAAAUGCAGGCGGCAGCUCUGGUUCUAAACCACUAUUACGUAGCUAUUGCCCUAUGUGUGAUGUACGUUUUUAUGGACCACUAACUGGACAUCGAAAGAGCGAUAGACACAGGAAACUUAAACAAUUUUUACAUCCCGAAUGCAAAUUGUGUGAUGCCUUAUUCCAUACUCGACUUGAAAUGGAUGAACACAAACUAACUGCUGGACAUUUAAAGAAAGUAUCUGAAAUGCGCAAUAUAGAACAUCCUCACUUGAAAGAUGAUGAAUUUGAUCUGAUUGACAUGAUUAAAAUUGAAGAAGACGAUCAGCAAGAUCAUGAUCAGAUGCCUGUUGCUAAAAAAUAUGAGAUGCUUGGCGAUCGUGAUGCUACUAAAUUAAAAUUAGAGUUGGAAGGUGGAACUGGAGAAAAACAUCAUCGUGGUGGAAAGAAAAAUUUGGCUAAUGCUGGAACUAUUGCGAAUAAGGCUAAUACUGCUGAUACUGCUGAUACUGCUGAUACUACCAUUACAGCUGAUGACAAAGAACAAGAAGAAGAAAUCAAAGUAAAGAAGGAAGAAGAAGAAAUCAAAGUAAAGAAGGAUGAAGAAAUGGAUACGUCAGAUAUUAUUGCUACAGGAGAAGAAUCAACUGCUGAAGAUACAGCUGCUGAUCAAUCCAUUAAAGAAGAAAAUAUUAACAACGAAUCUGCAACUAACAAAGAAAAUCAACCUGCAGCUUAUGAUCCAAAGGUGGCCAUAGGAAAAGAAUUGUUGGUCUCUACAAAUGGAUAUGUGUGUAGGUUGUGUAAUUGUUUCCUACUGGACGAACAACGAGUUUCAAUCCAUUGCCAGACUGCGGCCCAUUACAUAAAUUACACAACAAUGACCAAAAUGAAAGAAGCCACCUUGGUAGGUAAAAAACGAGGCAUUGAUCAAGUGAUUGAAAAGGAUGAUACUGCUAAGCAAGGUGAAGUUGAAGUAAAAGAAGAAAAAGUUGAUAUUGAUUCUGAGGAGGGUAGAGCUGUUAAACGCAUUAAAUUGGAUAAUAAAGAAGAACCCGAAGAAGAAAACAAUAAAAUGGAUACGAGUGAUCCGCAAUCAAGCGAAGUGACUGAAAAUACAGAAAAACCUGUUAUUGAAGAUAAAAUAGAUGAAACCAUAAAACCAGUAGCAGUAGUGGAACCAGUAGUAAUACCACCAGUAGUAAUACCACCAGUACCAGCAGCAAUACCAAUACCAGCACCAGUACCAGCAGCAAUACCAAUACCAGCACCAGUACCAGCUGCAGUACCAAUACCAGUAGUAAUACCACCAGUACCAGCAGCAAUACCAAUUCCAGUGGCAAAGCCAUUUGUAGCUCCAGCGGCAAAACCAGUGGCAAAGCCAGUUACACCAACAACACCAAGGGGACGUGGUGGCAGAGGCCGUGGAGGAAGAGGUGGUGUAGCUAGGCGUGGAGCCAGGCGUUAA